GUCGUACGAUACUUCGUCAAAAAAAAGUUUAUCCCGUUGUUCGUCAAAUGCAUCUUGUUGAGCAAAAUGAGAAUGUCUCAAUAGUAGUGGAACAAAUUGUAAAUAUGUUAAUGAGAGAUGAGGGGCCUGAGGAAAAUGAUCAUGACGUUUUGGAAACAACACGGAGUGAGCACCCUGAUUCAGGCAAUGAUAAUAUUAUUGAGGAGAUUUAA